CUUUCGCAUUGCGAGAAGGUAGAUUUGUGUCACUGGUCCCUAGGGUUGUGUUCAUUUUGCUGCGACUAUUUAUGUGCAACGCAUUUUCCUGGUAGGAGAAAAGGCUUGUUGGGACCUCUAUGUGGUGACCUCUAUGGCUGACAUGGGAGCUUCAGCAUCAACUCCAUCAAGUGCUCCUCCACAGUCAUCUACUGAAUCUGCAAAGACCUACUCGGCAGAAUCACCUCCCCCUGAAUGUCCCAUGCAUCAGAAGAAGAUGGAAGGAAUGGGAGCUUCAGCUAUAAACCCAUCAAGUAUUCCUUCACAAUCAUCUACUGAAUCAGCAAAGACCCACCCAGCAGAAUGUCCAAUGCAUCAGAAGAAGAUGGAAGGCUGUCCCAUGCACAAGGAAUCUAUACAAAAUACAGAAAACUGUUCUGGGCCUACACAUCAAGAAGAGGCCUAUAGAUAUGUUCAGUGUCCAAUGAGAUCAGGAGUAAAGGAUGACAUUGAUCCCAGCAAUAUGAUGCCACCUCCAAAUCAGACUCCAGCUACUGACCAGCCAUUCAGUUUGUCUCUGGCAAGAGAAGAAUCCACCAUUCCACGAUCCAGCACUGACAAGAAUUGGGUGUACCCAUCUGAACAGAUGUUUUGGAAUGCAAUGUUAAGGAAGGGAUGGAGGUGGAAAGAGGAUGAUCUUAAACCAGAAGAUAUGACAAACAUUAUCAGAAUUCACAACAAGAACAAUGAACAGGCGUGGUCAGAAAUUCUAAAGUGGGAAGCCCUCCAUGCCAAAGAAUGCCCUUGUGGCCCUACAUUGGUUCGGUUUGGCGGAAAAGCAACGGAGUAUUCUCCGAGAGCACGGAUGCGCUCAUGGAUGGGGUAUGAGCUUCCAUUUGAUCGUCAUGAUUGGAUUGUUGACCGCUGUGGAAAAGAAGUUCGAUAUGUCAUUGACUAUUACGAUGGAGGUGAAGUUGAUAAGAACUAUCAGUUCACAAUUUUAGAUGUCCGUCCUGCAUUUGACAGUAUGGGUGCGAUCUGGGACAGAAUGAAAGUGGCUUGGUGGCGCUGGACAUCAUAGCCUGUUUGCCUCUGAAAGUCAUCUGAAACAUUGGAGCUGCUUUAACACAAAACAAGAUCAGACAAGUGCAAGAAAGUGGACUUUUAUAAGUGCAAUUUGAAAAAAAAAUAACUCCUGUAUUUAAGUGAUAUCAUAUACAUACAAAGGCUUUUAAAAAUAAAAUACUUGGUUUGAUAUUUUGUUACGAUA